CCACACACCCCACUUCUAAGUUCUGACACAAAUCUCAACCCUGUAAGAUCAUAAAAAGUACACACAAAAAUCCCCAGAGUUUAGAUAAACCAAGAAAAAACAACCACCUAAUACUAAUGUCUAUGGCAACCUCAAUCUCAUGUCUGAAAAUCCCAAACCCUUCUUCUGCUUCACCUCCAUGUUCCUCAUCAACCUCAUCUUCGACCAGUUGUAGAUUGUCUGUACCACCCAAGCCUUAUAUUGUGACGAUAAGAAGUUCUCAAACUGAGGGUCCUUUGAGAAGACCUGUGGCACCUUCUCCACCACCUCCUUUGAAACCCGUCCCACCUUCUUCUCCCUCCGCUUCUCCUCCGCCACAACCGACACCUCCUUCUUUUUCUUCCCCUCCGUCUCCGCCGCCUUCAGCGGCAGGUGUUGGGGACCAGAAUGUGAUCACUUUGGAGUUUCAGAGACAGAAGGCAAAGGAGUUGCAAGAAUACUUUAAGCAGAAGAAGCUUGAGGAAUCUAGUCAAGGGCCUUUCUUUGGGUUCCUUGGGAAGAAUGAGAUUGCUAAUGGAAGAUGGGCAAUGUUUGGUUUUGCUGUUGGGAUGUUAACCGAGUAUGCAACAGGCUCGGAUUUUGUCGAUCAAGUAAAGAUCAUGCUCUCGAAUUUCGGGAUAAUAGAUUUGGAAUGACUCUUUUUCUUGUAUACCACAAUGCUGCUGCUAUUCAUACUUUAUGAUUUCUGUAAGUUAUAUCAAAUGUUUUGUCUGCAACUUUUUGAGCAAGUUGUUUGCCAUUCUUGUUGCUUCACCAAUCAAUUAUAACAAGCUGUAUCUCAACAAUUUGCUUGGAUUUCAAGUCAUCAAGUUCUUCA